CCCACGUCCCCCGUUCCCCGUCCCGGUCACGCCACGCAGCGCUCGGCGGCCUCCUCCCUCCCACUCCCAGUCCCCGACUCCCGUCAGCCUCUCUCGCCACGCCCCCGACGCCCGACGACCCAUGCAGGUCCUCCGACUCCUGGCGCCGCGCCGCGGCGUGGCGACCACCAUAACGGCCCCUACUACCGCCGCGCCGGAGCGCACCGAAGACAGCAAGGCGGUGGACGACGAGGAGGAAGAUUACGAUGACGACGACGAGGGCUCCUUCUUCGAACUCGACUUGUCCGUCCGGGCCUCCUCCAGCUCCGCGGGAAGCGCCUCGUCGGGCUCCUCCGACGACUCGGACGACGCGUCCCUCACGGACCUCGAUUUCGUCAUCUCCCUCCACCGCAGCCGCUCCGCCUCGCCCUCCUUCCACUUUCCCGCGCCGCCGCUUCCGCUGCCGCUGCUCGACCUCAAGCCCGGCUCCCGCGGCCUGCGGACGCUCAGCUUCGCGGGCGACAGCACCAGGAACGCCGCGCUCUACGGCGGCCGCCGCAGCAGCUUCGCCCGCAGCUCCGGCGGCAGCGCGCGGUCGCUGCGGCUGUUCAUGGAGUCCCCCGCGUGGGCCGCCGACGAGGAUCCCGAGCCGCGGCGGGCGCCGUCCCGCGACGUCAUCCGGCGGUACUUCACCAAGAUCUCCACGCGGCUGCGGCACAGCGUGCGCCCCCGCCGCGGCGGCGCCGAGGGCGGUUUCCGCCGCCUGCGCAAGAGCCGGUCCGCGUCCGCCGCCGUGACGACGACGACGACGACAACGGCGGCCGCGCCGCCGCGCCGCGACGACUCGCUGGCCGAGAAGCAGGACGGCAUCGCCAGCGCCAUCGCGCACUGCAAGGAGUCGCUCCAGUGCGGGCUGCCGCGGUCGCGGAGCGAUCCCGGGAACCGCCAAGCGCCGUAGCCUUCGUCAGUUCAGAGCUCCUGAGGACAGGCAGCAAUGGAGGCUUGAUGCAAUGCAAAAGAAGGCUAUCGCCGGAAUUAAUAGUAGAAUACAAUUCGGCGAAGAGGACAAGGAGAAGUGAAUUGCUUUGUUGAUGCUAGCUAGCUAGAGAUCUUCCGUAUGAUCAUAAUCUGCUUGUUUAUGGUGUGUGAGUGAGCGUGUGUGUUUUCGCGUCCUUUGAUUUUAGCUUAGUUUAAGUUUGGUUGGUUCUUGCUUUUGUUGGAAGCGUGGGAAAAGAGCUCUUUUUAGGCUUUCUUUACCCCUCUAGGUAGAAGCAUGGACUCUAGUAGCCGCCGCGGCGUCCAUCUCUUUGCCCGGCCUUUUGUUAGCGUGUGUGCUCGUUUUCUAAGCUUUGUUUGUAUAUCUGUACUGCUACAAGUGACCUGUAACAACGACUUGUAACUACGUACAUUUUGGACUUUGAUUGAUGAAGUUUUGACCAA